UUAAUUUGAUCUGCCAACGUAAUAGCUAACUAGACACAACAUCGGCGACCUACGAAAUGUGUGUGAUCUGUCCCGUUGCUAGCUAGCAGCAUGUGUGCCUGUUUUCACUGUCUUUAGCAAGCAAGCUAACAAGCGAACAAUUUCAAGUAAAAAAAAAGUAGCCUUUGCUAUAGCUUGCCAGUGGGGCACUGCGUCAGUUUUCAGUUAUGAACAAGCUGGGAAGAAAUGCUUGGAUUGGACUGGGCGUUGGUGCCACUGCGGGUAUUAGCUUGGUUUUGAUUCUUGUGAUAUACAAGAAAAUGAAACGCAGAUUAUGUCAAAGUUUGUCACUCUCGAGUAAUUCUGAUGCACUCUUGUUAAACAAGGAUGGAGCGAGCAUAGCAACGGUUUCACGCGUACUUGAGGUGCAAGGCUCAUCGGUGGAGGCACUGGCUAUUAGGCCAAAGCGGGGCCAUUUAGUGGAGCAGCAGGUGGAACUGAACAACAAGCUGGAUGAGGUUCUCCAGAGUGUGGCCCGCUUGCGCGCUGAGGUUGGCUCUCUUCGAGUUGAUCUACAGGACGUAGCUGAGCAGAUUGUGCAGGAUGUCAAGAAAGACGUGGAGGAGAGCCAGAAGGUGUCGCGGCGACGGAGGCCCCUGCCACGUGACCGCGUCGACUCUGCCAGCUCCAGCUCCGUCUACUUCAGUGCCAGGAGUCGCUUUGAUGAGGAGAGUGAGGGCGGGUACACUACGGCCAACGGGGAGUCUGACUGCUACGGCGAGGCGGGACAGGAGAUGAAGAAGGAUCCAGAGAACGAGGAAGACGAGGAAGACGAUGAAAGGAGCCAUAUCACAGAGUGCACACUAAGGAGGGACUCCAGCGACACGGAGACCGAGGAGGAGGCGUUCUCGGAUGCUGAGUCCCCGGGCGACACGGAGGUCCCCCGGAACAAUGGCGCGCCCUUGCGUGGCCCCCAGGACGAAGGGCAGGGUCCCCAGCCGCACUGUCCCGACUGGGGCCUGGAUGUAGACGGCACCAGCCCGGAAGCACAGGAGGCAGUGAAGGAUGGGCAAGGAGCUCUCGUUUCUAGAGGGAAGCAAUAAAGCCACGCACAAGCCAGCACAUCCCAACCCACGGAGCCUUUCCACUCGUUUCUCAAAAACCGCCCCUGCACGCCUCGUUCUGCAGCACCCUAAGGGAAAGGUAUACCCAACUGUUUUGGGACCAGUCUAAAUCUUUAGCCUGGAAUAUGUGCCAUUUCAUGGGAGAUGGACUUCUCAGAUGGGAGUUAGAGCGCUUUUUUUGCAGCCUGUCAGUGACCUGCACAAUGAUAUCCCUCACAUCUCCCUAAGCAGGAUGAGAAAGCAUUAUUUUAGGGUUAUAGGCAUAGUACAAAAAUAGCAGUGCACUUAGGUUUCCAAUUGCCCAAUGUAUACCCAGAUUGAGCUGAACAAAUAAUUAUAUUUUUGGUUCCAUUUGUGAACCUAUAUCUCCUUAUUCUUCAUAUGAGGUUGCAUAUUGUAAGAAAGUUUCUGAAUGAAACUGGAUCAUCAGAAUAAGAAUUACCAGGUUCUGUCUAACCACUGACAGUAAUAAAAUAUUUCUAUAUUCUUACUUUCAGCAAUUGGUAUUUUCAGGGUGAACAUUAUUGGUAAGGCUGUUAGAUUGAAUAUUGGUGUAAAUCUCAAUGGUUCUGUUCCAAAGAACAUGUUUUAGGGCAAGCAAACAAAAAAAACAAUUGUUGGCACAGAUGUUCACAUUCCAUAUCCGUGAAUGUUUUUUCGUGAUGCACUUUGGAUUGGACUGCGUAAUGCGAGUAGCAUGUCUUGUUGUCCUGUAAAAUAUGUAUACAUUUUGUUCUUGACCAAAGGUUAGCUUGAACUUAUUUAUGUUGUAUGCUUUCAGUAGCAGAGUAAGUUUGCACUGAAAGACUUGACUUUUGAAAAGGAAAGAAAACACUUUUUAUUUAUAUAAUUUAUUUUUAAGGAAUUGGAUUAUCUUUGUGCUUAAUGACCAAAGCUAUGCCUUAUUUUAUAUAUGGUUAAAAUAUAUUUUAAAAAUAUGACUCAUUGAAUCAAUUGUGAACUGUUAAUUGGCGAUAUCCCCCUUCACUGUUCUGGGUACAGGAAUGAAUGUGCACCUAUACAGUUCUCAUUAAAUACUGUAAUGCAA